GUGUGUUGAAGGUCUGACAGUAGCUCUUAGCUUUGCCUAUCUUAGGUAGUUACGCUGUGCAUUUUUUAUUGGUGUACUAUGUUUGAUUUGUUCCUGAUACCUUCAAUUUGAAAUUUUUCUGAGAAAUGGAGCAGUAAUGCAGCAUCAUCUUAUUAAAAUACAUUUGAAGCCUUUUAAUUUUCUGUGCUGUUUUUUGAAGGGGAAGGGAGGGGAAGAAAUUCUGUCUUGGGAGAUGCAUACAGUAGACUGCAUAAUGGUGAUCUUUGUUACCUUUUGAAAUAGUAAACAUUAGAUGGGCAGGAGAAGGUGAGAUGCAAGGUAGAGUGGCUAGGAUCAAUGCUGUUGGCACUACAGGUAAUGGCAGUGGCAGGCAAGCUAUUCCAAAUGCAGAAAAUGGUGGAGUUAUAUCCAUACCACAGAGGGAGGGGGGAUCUUAAUUAGCAUUUUGUUUCUGAGCAGCUGCUGGUAUGUCAGAGGCUUGGAAUUGGCAACAUCUAAAACUGCUGUAGUUACUGACCUCACCCAAGUUCCAAGGGCUCUUCUUCCUGAUCCCUUUUUCCUGAGCCUCAGAGCUAAAAUACUCUGGAGCACUUUCCUAUUGGCUGAGAAGACCAAUUGAAGUUCCCUUGCCCAUGUUUGGAGGUGGACGCCUCCUGCACUAAAGAUAGAAACAGCUGGCUCUUCUAGGCAGCUAAAAGCCUCCAGACUAAGAGGUGUUCCUCACUCUGAAGCCAGACUCCUUGAAAUACCCUUUGAGUAAGCUCGAUCAACGCCUCCAUGUCUCUGCUCUGCCAUAACAAAGGCUGUGGGCAACACUUUGACCCCAAUACCAAUCUCCCUGAUUCCUGUCACUAUCACCCUGGGGUCCCCAUCUUCCAUGAUGCACUUAAGGGUUGGUCCUGCUGCCGAAAGCGAACUGUAGAUUUCUCUGAGUUCUUAAACAUCAAGGGCUGUACUGUGGGACAACACUGUGCUGAGAAGCUUCCUGAGGGCCCUCCACAGCCUGAGGGCCCUGCCACAAGUUCACUUCAGGAGCAAAAACCUCUGAAUACAAUUCCAAAGUCAGCAGAGACCUUGCUCCGAGAAAGGCCUAAGUCAGAGAUGCCUCCAAAACUGCUGCCACUUAUUAUAUCUCAAGCCCUGGGAGUGGCGCUGGAGCAGAAGGAGCUAGAGCAGGAACCUGGAGCAGGACUUGACAGUAGUCUGAUCUGGACUGGUUCCAGCUGCCAGAACCCAGGAUGUGAUGCUGUUUACCAAGGCCCCGAGAGUGAUGCUGCUCCGUGUACCUACCACCCAGGGGCACCUCGGUUUCAUGAGGGGAUGAAGUCUUGGAGCUGCUGUGGUAUCCAGACUCUGGAUUUUGGGGCAUUCCUGGCACAGCCAGGAUGCAGAGUUGGUAGACACGACUGGGCCAAGCAGCUGCCAGCAUCUUGUCGCCAUGAUUGGCACCAAACCGAUUCCUUGGUAGUGCUGACUGUGUAUGGCCAGAUUCCGCUUCCUGCAUUCAACUGGGUGAAAGCCAGUCAAACUGAGCUUCAUGUCCACAUUGUCUUUGAUGGUAAUCGUGUGUUCCAAGCACAAAUGAAGCUCUGGGGGGUCAUAAACGUGGAGCAGAGCUCUGUCUCCUUGAUGCCAUCCCGGGUUGAAAUCUCCCUGGUCAAGGCUGACCCAGGAUCCUGGGCCCAGCUGGAGCACCCCGCUUCACUAGCUGAGAAGGCUAGGGCAGGGGUUUUGUUAGAGAUGGAUGAGGAAGAAUCUGAGGAUUCAGAUGAUGACCUGAGCUGGACAGAGGAGGAGGAGGAGGAAGAGGAGGAAGAAGCUAUGGGGGAAUAGGAACGGCAGACAGUUGAGUUUCAGGGUAGGCCCUCAGUGACCUCCUUCGAAUCUCAGAGACCAGGAUAUGGUUGACUAUAUGCUGUCAUUGAGCAGCAGGAGGCUGGAGGAGGCGAGAACAGACAAAACUGUCCAGACUGUGCUGCUGCUCCCCUAAAUAAACCUGAUAUUCUACAGUUUCACCGAAGUGUCAUCUCUCACCUCAUCAUGGAAGAGUGCAUGCAGCCCCACCCCACCCCACUUGGCUGUGUGUUUGGCACACGUGUGAAAACAAGCACAUGCAUAUGCAUUCUGUUCCUCACAGCCACCAGGAACUUAUGAGGACUUCUGUGUGUCCAGUUACAUAUGAGGGGCUUUACAGAUAGCUGAGAAACGGGCUUGCUCAUUUCUCUCAAGAGAAAGACCUGAGCUGGGCAUGGUGGUGCAUGCCUGUAAUCCUUCCACUUAGCGGGUGAAGACAGAUGAUCAGGUGUUCUAGGUCAUCCUCACCUACAUACUGAAUUGGAGGCCAACCUGGGCUACAUGAAACCUUGUCUUACAGCCCUCCCUCUGAAUAAAAGGAACAAAAAGAAAAAAAAAGAAAUGACACUCUAAGCUGGGUCUAAUGUCUCAUCCACUUUGAAUCCCAGCACUGCAGAAGCUGAAGCAGGAGGAUUGCCAUGUUUUUGAGGCCAGCCUGGACUACAUAGUGAAUUCCAGGCCAUCCUGGACUAGACUGAUCUCAAAACAGACAUUCUAGCUAGGUGUAGUAGGUUGUUCCUACAAUUCUAGUAAUCAGGAGGCUGAAGCAGGAUUGCAAGUACAAGAUCAGCCUAGGUUCCAUAGCAAGUCCAGAGCAGUCUGGAUGACACAAUGAGAUUCUUGGUGACCUUAGUGCUUUUGCUGUGGUUUACCCCUACUACACAUCAGAGUGUGUGUACGAAGAAGACAAAAAAAGUUAGUGGGGUGUGGCUAGAUUGAAAAGAAUCCUAACAUUAUAGGUCGUUAUUUUUAUAGUCUUGCUAUGUGACCCAGGCUAGCCUCAAACUUACCAUCUUCUUGCCUCAGUCUCCUCACUGCUGCAAUUACAGUUGCAAGUCCUCAUGCUCAGACCCAAAAAGUGUGGGGUAUUUUUCUUUAUAGUACUGGGGAUACUCUAAACCAGGGCCUGCCAUGCUAUGCAGGAAUUCUACCACUGAGCCACAACUCCUGCUUAAAGGGAACUUAAAAAGGCAAUAUGGAGACUUGAGAGAUGUCACAAAGGCUAACAGUGUGUACUGCUUUUCCAGAGGAGCUGAGAUUGAUUCCUAGUGUCCCCAUCAGGUGUCUCACAGCCACUCCAAGGGCUACAACUCCUGUGGCCUCUGGGCACUUGCACUCACAUGCACAUACCCACACACAAACGCACACAUACAUUUUUUAAAAUUAAAAAAAAAAAA